AUGUCUCAGCGCCGGCCCGUUGUCAUUUCUGGCCCGUCAGGCUCUGGGAAAAGCACCCUUUGUACUAGGUUGUUGAAUACCUACCCAGGGGCAUUUGCUGCCACAGUAUCGCAUACAACUCGAAAAGCCCGCCCCGGUGAAGUUGAAGGAGUCACAUAUUAUUACGUUUCAAGGGAGCAGUUUGAGUCUCUCAUCCUCAAGGAUACCUUUGUCGAGUUCACUAAAUUCAACGGAAACCUGUACGGCACGAGCAAACAGACCGCCAUCGACCAGGCAUCAAAAGGCUCAACUGUCGUACUUGAUGUUGAAAUGGAGGGUGUCAAGCAGCUGAAGAGAGAGCAGUUGAAUGCAGAAUCGACUAUGAAUCCGCGAUUUGUGUUCAUCAAGCCACCGAGUUUCGCUGUGCUUGAGUCAAGGCUCAGAGGCCGUGGCACAGAGGAUGAAGCCAGCGUUCAGAAUAGACUCAAGCGAGCCCGAGCCGAGCUAGAAUACGCUGAAACAGGCGUACACGACAGGAUUAUCGUCAACGAAGAUCUCGACAAGGCGUUUCGGGAGCUGGAGGAGUUUAUUUUUGAUGGCCGUGCAUCGGAAAGCUAG